CUGUUUCUCGAGGGAGGGAGGGAGGGAGUUAGAUAGAGAGAGUAGUUUCUUUUAGCGGACCAUCCAUGGCGAAAACAAGACCUGGAAAGAGAGAUGCGGAUUCCUACACAAUUAGAGGCACCAACAAAAUCGUGAAAGCUGGAGAUUGUGUCUUGAUGCGGCCAUCAGAAACUAACACUGCGCCUUAUGUGGCACGGGUGGAGAAGAUCGAGGCUGAUAACCGUAACAAUAUGAAAGUGCGGGUGAGGUGGUACUACAGGCCAGAGGAAGCAGUUGGAGGAAGAAGACAGUUCCAUGGAGCCAAGGAGUUGUUCUUGUCAGAUCACCAUGACAUGCAGAGUGCUCACACAAUUGAGGGAAAAUGCGUUGUUCACACUUUCAAGAAUUAUACUAAGCUGGAGAAUGUUGGCCCUGAGGAUUACUAUUGCCGCUUUGAGUAUAAGCCUUCGACUGGAGCUUUUCUGCCAGACCGUGUGGCAGUGUAUUGCAAAUGUGAGAUGCCCUACAAUCCUGAUGACCUGAUGAUACAGUGCGAUGAAUGCAAAGACUGGUACCAUCCUGCUUGUGUAGAUUUGACAGUGGAAGAGGCAAAGCAAUUGGAUCACUUUAUUUGCUCUGAACAUGGAUCUGACGAAGACGCAAAAAAGCCCCAACAAAACUCACUUACAAAUGGCAAAGCAGAGACUAAGCGCCAGAGGAAGUAAGACCACUAUGCAUUCUGCUGAUCUCUUAAACAUUGUUGUAUAGGUCGAGGUCGAGAACUCUCCCCCUGCUUAGGUUUGUGGUUAUCUGUAAAUAAUGACAUAGCAGAGCAUAUACUAUGCAACUAUGUAGGUCAUGCUUCCUAAACAGAUUAAUCUGUAAAUUGUAGACUUGCUCUGCAAGACUCUUUAUAUUCUGCAAUCUAAUUUAGUUGCUAGUGUA